CCUUCCAACCCUCAAGCUUUCUUCUUAUCCCUCCUUCCCCCCCUAGUAAGAUUUCAAGAAACCUAGACAAAACUAUGUCCGCGUUCCCUCCCCUCCACCACCUUCUCCUCCGCCCACGCCUCCCCCUCUCCCUCCGCCCCUCCGCCGCCGUCCCCAUCCGCCGGCUCCGCCUCCUCCCUCUCUCCUCCUCCACCGCCACCCAAGACAACGCCGAUGAGGUCGCAGAGCCACCCCCGCCGGUCACGGGAACAAAAAUGUCGGUUAUCGACGUCAAUCCCCCGAGGGGUACGAGGGAUUUCCCUCCGGAGGACAUGCGGCUCCGUAACUGGCUCUUCCAGAACUUUCGAGAGGUGUCUCGGCUUCUCUCGUUCGAGGAGGUCGACUUCCCGGUUCUUGAGUCAGAGGCUCUAUUUAUCAGGAAGGCUGGUGAGGAAAUCACGCAGCAAUGGAAUUGACAAGAAAGCCUGGUUGAAAAAUCAUUGUUGGGGAGUAUUCCGAACUUUGAAGAAUUGUAUUCUUGAGUUAGCGUAUUUUUUUCUGGUUACUUUGUUCCAUGUUUUCUGUCUUAUGGUCAUGGUUGUGCAUGAAAAGGUUUGUUCGAAAUCUUUCAUAAGAAUUAAGUGGGUUACUCAUUACUCUUUUUAUUGCCAGCUGUACAAUUUUGAGGACAAAGGGGGUCGUCGUGUUGUUUUGAGGCCUGAGAUCACUCCUUCUUUGGCACGUCUCGUGAUAAAGCAGGGAAAAUCUGUCUCCUUUCCAUUGAGAUGGUUUGCUAUAGGGCAGUGUUGGCGAUAUGAACGGAUGACAAGAGGAAGGCGCCGUGAACAUUAUCAAUGGAAUAUGGAUAUAAUUGGUGUUUCUAAAGUUCGGGCUGAGGCAGAACUUAUUCAUGCUAUUGUCCUCUUAUUUGAACGGCUUGGGGUCACAUCGUUGGAUGUGGGAAUCAGAGUGUCUAGCCGAAAGGUUCUGCAGGCAGUGCUGCAAAUGUAUUCUAUACCAGAACAUUUGUUCAUGGAAGUUUGUGUCAUUGUUGACAAGUUGGGAAAAAUUACUAGAGAAGAGGUUGAGAAAGAAUUGAUGAUAGCUGGUGUAUCGUUGGAAGCUGUCAAGGGAAUAGUUGAAGUCCUAUCCCUCAAGUCAUUGUCCAAACUUGAAGAGGUUCUGGGGUCCGAUGGCGAAGCUGUGGCUGAUUUAAAAAGGCUUUUUUCCCUUGCUGAACACUAUGGUUAUUCCAAAUGGAUUAAUUUUGAUGCAUCAGUAGUCCGUGGACUUGCCUAUUACACUGGGAUAGUCUUUGAGGCAUUUGAUAGAGAAGGGAAGCUACGGGCAAUUUGUGGUGGUGGAAGAUAUGACCGGUUACUCUCUACAUUUGGAAGUGAUGACAUUCCAGCUUGUGGUUUUGGAUUUGGAGAUGCUGUUAUAAUGGAACUGCUAAAGGAAAAAGGACUUGUGCCUGACCUAGCGCGCCAGGUAGAAGACAUUGUAUUCCCAUUGGAUGUGGAGCUUGAAGGACCAGCAUCCAAGGUUGUGUCCUCUCUUAGAAGGAAAGGCCGCAGUGUUGACCUUAUAGAAGAUAAGCGACUUAAGUGGGUUUUUAAGCAUGCUGAACGGAUCAAUGCUAGCAGGCUUGUCUUAGUUGGAAAUUCUGAGUGGCAACGAGGUAUGGUUCGUGUAAAGAACCUAUCCACCAGAGAAGAAUAUGAAAUCAAAAUCGAUGAAUUAUGCUGAGUGUCAUGCUUUAUUAAUUUUGUUGUAAUAUCUCGCCGUCAGUUAUUAUUGAGGUUUUCCUGCUUAUAUCAUUGUUGAUCCAAAUAACGAGAUGCUGAUAAGAUAAGGUGGUUCAUUUUUUCAAUGGAAGAGAUGUAUGAUUAAUAUUUUUCUAUAAUCGCAUUAUGAGUACUGAUUAUUUUUUCAAAA